CCGGGCUACGAAUAACAACAUGAGCAACUGCACCGAGCUAGAGAGAGAAAUGAAGCAUUAUACUCUUAGGUGGGAUUUUGCGUGCAAAAGGAAACUAACCGUUUUGCCUAAAAAUGCUAUAUUAGCCUCGCGUAGUGUAACUACUCGCGUGCGUCAAGCUAACCGCCAUAUUAGUGCUUCCUGUUGGGUAAAUACUUUGUAACGACAGUGUCAUGAACUACUGUGCUUGGCGCUACUACUGCUUUAGUACAUGAUAAAGCGAAACUUGUUGGUUCAACAUUUAUGUUUAUCUAUUAAUUACUUUUAACAACCGCCUGUCACUGUUGUGAUAAUAGCGGCACUGCUGCUAAAACAUGGCGUUGUGUAGUUAGCCGCUGUGGCUGGGCGGUGUCAGUUCAUCCACGUAAUGCGGAAAUCGAACAUGCUCCAGCCCUUCUCUGCCUCCUUGACAUGAGCAACUCUCCAAUGAAAACAAACGACUUUAUUAUGGGACGAAACAGUCCAACACGCAAACAUGUGUGAGGUGGACACAUGAAGGAAGAACUGGACACACAAACUAUCAGAGUGGUUUCUUUCCACUGAAGACUGUUUUUGUCGAGUAUACAUACCUCACAUCUUGCAUACUACUACUACUACUGUGAUGUAUGGACAACUGUAAAUAUGUUUUGCUGCCCCCCCUCACUUGGAGAGGAGCUGCCCCCUGCUCUGCUGUGACUAUUGGACUCCACAGUAGAUCAUUAACCACAUAAAUCUGCGGAGGCCUACCCUAACAUCCUCAGAUGGACAAACAGCAACAGAUCCAAAGAACAGCAAGGUCGUUCUUCAAGUGUAAACAGGAAAUUAAGCUGGAUAAGGAUGACCUGGGCAUGAUCACCAGCAGUCAGUCUUUGGCCUACGCUAUCAGUAAGUUCAUCAGUGGUGUGCUUUCCGAUCAGAUCAGUGCCCGCUGGCUCUUCUCCAUUGGCCUGUGCAUGGUGGGAGGCAUCAACAUGGUCUUCUCCUGGUCCUCCACUGUUGCUGUCUUCGCUGCCCUGUGGUUUCUCAACGGUCUGGGCCAGGGCCUUGGCUGGCCUCCCUGCGGCAGGGUGCUGCGCAAGUGGUUUGAGCCCUCUCAGUUCGGGACAUGGUGGUCAGUCCUCUCCUGCAGCAUGAAUCUGGCUGGCAGCUUGGGCCCCAUUAUUGCCACGGUGCUGGCCCAGAGCUACAGUUGGAGGACGAUACUGUCGGUAUCUGGGAUGGUCUGUGUGGUGUUCUCCGUUGUCUGUCUGCUGCUCAUCAAGAAUGAGCCCAAGGAGGUGGGGCUGCCGAAUAUAGAGACAGCAGCCAAGAAGACCAAAGGAGGAUCUUCCAGUGAUGACAGCACACUGUCUGAGUUCCUGCUGUCACCCUACCUGUGGCUGCUGUCUGUGUCCUACCUGGUGGUGUUCGGGGUGAAGACGGUGUGCACUGACUGGGGCCAGCUGUUUCUCAUUCAGGACAAGGGCCAGUCUACACUCAUGGGUAGCUCAUACAUGAGUGCCCUGGAGGUUGGAGGCCUGUUGGGCAGUCUCGCAGCAGGUUUCCUCUCUGACAAGGCUGUGGCCAAACAAGGCAUGAGAAUCUAUGGCAAUCCACGCCAUUUCAUCCUGAUCUGCAUGAUGGCUGGAAUGUUUGUGUCCAUGUACCUGUUCAGAGUCACAGUUACUCCUGACAGCUCAAAGAUGUGGAUUCUCAGCUUGGGGGCUGCUUUUGGUUUCUCCUCAUAUGGACCAAUUGCAUUGUUUGGAGUUAUAGCCAAUGAGAGCGCCCCACCCAACUACUGCGGGACAUCACAUGCCAUUGUUGCCCUGAUGGCCAACUUUGGUGGCUUCCUGUCUGGACUACCGUUCAGCACUAUUGCCAAGCACCAUGGCUGGGAAAUGGCCUUCUGGAUAGCAGAGAUCACAUGUGUCGUCACCACUAUUGGAUUCUUCCUGCUGCGCAACAUCCGAACCAAGAUGGGUCACGUGUCCAAGAAGGCAGAGUAAAACGUCAUUACACCUCAUCCUCUGCGCCCAGAGGAGAACUGGAUGCUCUGAGCCCUCACUGUAUUUUCAUAUUUUUCUUACUUGUUUAUUUUUUUAUACCGCAGUAUGUUCUCUGCCAAUCUCACAGGACAUAAACAUAAAUGGGAGCUCUGAGAAGUUCAGGACUUUGUCUUCAGGAACGGCUUUUGAAAGUUGGUUUUCUACAUACAGCAUUUACAGUCUGUAAACAUAUCAUCAAUAGCUCAACAAGUGAAUGUAAAUGACUGCGUAUGUCAUAUAAUGAAAAGUGGCAAAAACACAAGAGAAAGGUUUUCUCUCCAAAGGCUGCUGAAGUUUUUCAUGAUGCAAGCACAAAACUAGAACCUGGUAUAUUAUACAGUAUCUGUGUUAAACAACU